GUAAUAUCUGGUACAAGCUAAGCAGAGAAAUCAGUGCGAAAGACCCAGCCACAGAGAACAAGCCACUUCUCUGCUUUCUGAAUUUUCCAGAUGCCCAUUUUCAGUCAGAAUGGAUUUUCUCCUUUAAUAAAAGAAUGAAAAUCAUUUUCAAAAGCUUGUCAAUUAUCUGCAGUACCGUGGGAGUGCUUCUUACUCAUACAUGAUAAUAGAACCCACCACUCUGUGAUCUGCAGUGAAGGACAGCAUUCAAGGGAAGGAUUUAUUAAUGAAAUAUGAUGGUGUACGUAGAUUUGAUCUUCCUAUCUACCUUCCUCUCGGUUUCCAUGACAACUGAACUAUUUGAUGCAAUGGAAGGUGAGGCUUUGGUUAUAAAAUGUCCCAAAUGGAGUUCAUCUGUAAAAGUCACCUGGUAUCACAUGGAUACUAACAAAAUAAUUCCUGCAGAAGAGGAGGGAUCACGAAUAUUUUCCUUAGAACGAUUUCUUUGGUUUCUGCCAACUUCUAGAGAGGAUUCUGGAAACUACACUUGUCUAACAUAUCUUUCAAGAAAUCGUACAAAGUCAUUCAACGUGAGUGUGCAAGUGCAUUCAUACAAGCAAGCAAUAUGUUUCCCAAGUAAGAUUCGUUACGCAAAUGACACUGGAAGAGGAAGAAUUGUUUGUCCUACUAUUGAUAACUAUAAGAAUGCUACUAUCAUCCAGUGGUAUAAGGACUGCAAACCUCUUCAGGGACAGAGAUACUUCAAGAAAGAAAAAUACAUUUAUAUUGAGAACCCAACAAGGGAAGAUGAUGGUUAUUAUACUUGUCAAUUUAUUUAUACUUAUAAAGGAAAUGUAUUUAAUGCCUCAGCAACAAGAAUUUUCAUAAGUGAGGUAAAACACUCACCUCUACCUCCUCAAAUCUUAUUUCCAAAGAAUAAAGGAGUAAUAGAAGUGGAGCUUGGUACUGCUUUGUCUCUGAAAUGUCAGGCCCUCCUGGGGAUUAAGAAACAGCCAGUGUCUGCUGUCAGAUGGGAUGUGAAUAACAUCCCAGCGAAACACUGUGAUUUUACAAGAUUUCAAGAAGAAACACAUUUUUUUGAAGGAAGUGAGCAAGAAUACUAUGAAGAGACCACUUUGAAUAUAACUGAAGUAAAAAAGGAGGAUCUGCAGUCAAAUUUCACGUGUAUAGCACUGAAUACAAUGUACAACACAAGAGUCACAGUGACAUUAGAACUCAAAACACAAUUUGAGGUGGUUCUUUGUAAUGUCCUCUUGAUCACAGGAUCUCUAGUUCUGCUAGCUGCAAUAGCAGUUUCGGUUAUACUUUAUCAGUCCUUCCGAGCUGAUAUUGUCCUAUUGUAUCGGGAGAUAUUUCAGCCCUACUCCAUCAAGGAUGAUGGGAAGACAUAUGAUGCAUAUGUUAUCUACCCCAAAAAUCACACCAAUGAAGCUAAUUUUGUGGAAUACUUUGUUUAUCAAAUCAUGCCAGAAAUUCUAGAAAAUAAAUGUGGAUAUAAAUUGUGUAUUUAUGGGAGAGAUAUAUAUCCCGGAGAAGAUACUGUCAGUGCAAUUGAGAAGAGGAUGCAGAGCAGUAGACGGCUGAUCAUCCUUCUAACACACCAGCUGGUUAAUUGUAAAGAACAUACCUAUGAUCAACACAUUGCUUUAUACAAUGCCCUCAUUCAGAAUGACACAAAGGUGAUCCUUCUGGAAAUGGAGAGAAUUGGGACUUAUGGGAAGCUUCAGGAAUCUCUUAGGUUUAUUAUUAAGCAGCAAGGUACCAUCAAAUGGAAAGAGCAGCACACUGUGCACCCACAGUCACCCAAUUCUAAGUUCUGGAAGCAGGUGAGGUACCACAUGCCACCGGCACUCAAGUCCUCACAAGCAGAUAACGCUGGGUGAACCGUCUACAAAAAU